GUCUUUCUGUAUUUUUGUUUUGUUUUUUUGGUUAUGUAGAAUUACUUUUCUCUUCUAUGAAUUGAGUGGAGCAACGAAAUAUUGAGUUGUGUAGGCGACCACUGUUUGGAAAUGGAUAAUCUGAUUUGAUGCGGGUUUAGUAAGGUGUCGGAGAUUGUGGUCUAAUGAUUAGAACGUCUUCUGAUUGUUGUCCAGUGUGAGAGAGUACACUGGUGACACGCUUAUGUGAUUCCAGGAUGUUUACUUCUUAUAAACCACACAUUGCAUACCAUAAAUUGAUGAUCAACUUGUGUAAUCCAGCUGUAUACACUGUGCAAUCAUUUGUAUUUUCUGUUGAACAGGUAUGCACAUAUUGUCUGUGCCUAACAUUUCAGAAUGCAUCAAGCGUGGAUGAAAGCAUAUGUAGCAAAAGCUAUAUCUUCCGUAGCAGUAGUGAAUGUUUCAUCAAUCUGAUCUAAUUUUGAAGUUGGUUUUUGGCCCUGUUUCAGGUCGAACAAAACUUUCAGAUUUUUCUGCAUUAAGCAUAUGUUAGACACUGCAUUGUAUUAGCACAAAUCAAGAUGGUUUGAAGAGGAAGUCUGUCUUUAAUGUGAUAACUGAUGACUAACGUGGGAAUAUUGAAGUUGUCGUUCAUUUUGGUGCUGGGUUUGCAACCUCUGCACUAAAACGGUAUAAGCUGGCAAGCAACCAACUUGAGUGGGCUAGGUUGCUGAAGCUGACUUUAGUUGGCUGAUGCAGACCAGUGUUCGGGUAAUCUGGAGAAAGACCGGUCGAAAGUGAUUGGAUCUAGGCCUCAGAUUUGUUCAUUUCUGUUAGCGCCCCUGACGAGAGGGACCCACUGGGCAGCAACCACAACAACUCUACAGCUGCCCAGCGGCCCACACGAGUCAAGCGGCCCAGCCCGCGCACCCACGGGCCUGAAUGGAUCAACUGAGCCCGCGAGUACGACUACUUCAGGGGAGACGCACGAAGAGCACACCAUCCAGUGGAUCAGGACGAACCGGCGGCUACCUACUUUCCUCUUCCCCAACCCUAGUUCUUCCCCUGUUCAUUCUCCAUUCGAGAGCGAUGCUCCUGUAAUCGAUUUGUACUAGCUACUACUUCGGAGAGCAACAGUAGAUCGAUUCUAACAUCUGGUAUCAGAGAUCCAGCCACCACACACCUCCACCCCGUUCUGGCGAACCUCAUCGAGACAAGAGGGUUGCGGCACGCGCGUGAAGCCAUGGAUCCGAGCGUCUCCGCCUUCCUCACUCGCUUCGAAAACAAGAUUGAGGCCGCCAUCGACGGGCUGACCAAGGCUCAGUAGUCCACGGCGACGAAGAUCGACGACCUUCUAUCAUGGCGUCCCGAUCUCGAGCGCCGAGUGGUGGAUCUGGGCGACGCGGUCACAGCACUGCAACGUGCACACGCGCCGCCACCAGCUCGCUCCGGCACGGAUCUGGUGCAUGAGAGCACUGAAGAGGGGAUCCAUCCUCAAGGGCCCGAUGGCCACGGCGAAUUACAGAUCAAACGGGGGCCAUCGGCGGCGUCCCUCACACCGCCGCCGCCGCUCUCGGCUAACGGUACAGCCACGAUUCCCAUCUCCCUAGUUCCGCUGUCUCCGUUUUCGCAUGCCAGUCAAAUGCUCACCGGCCUUGGCCAGGCACACCCCUCUAUUUCCUUUCCGCAGUUCUCGGGCGGAAAUCCUAAUAUAUGGAAAACUCUUUGUGAGCAGUAUUUUUCCAUGUUUGGGAUUGUGCCUUCGUUUUGGGUUCCUAUGGCAUCUCUGAACUUUUCGAGGCCAGCGGCAAUGUGGCUGCAGUCCAUCCAGCGCCGUCUGGGCGAGUUCGAUUGGGACUCGUUAACCGCACUGCUGUGCACGCGGUUCGGCCGAGAUCGUCAGCAAACUCUCAUUCGGCAGUUUUAUUGAGUUCGCCAAACCACUACCGUGGCAGAUUAUAUCGAGAGAUUUGAGUCUAUCAUCAACCACUUGAAUUCAUACUCUGAAUCAAUUCAUCCUUACUAUUUUCUCACGCGUUUUGUCGAGGGCCUUUGGACGGACAUCAGGGCGGUCGUCAUGGUGCAGCGACCCCCUGACCUGGACACGGCGUGCGCGCUCGCGCAACUACAGGAGGAGGUGGCGGAUGGAGCGCGGGGACACCCACCACGACCACCAUAUGCGUCUCCAAGGGCAGCAGUGCCAUUGCCACUGCCCAACCUCCGGUGCGCCAUCCGACCCCUACGAUCGCCACCGAUCGGCGUGGAACUGACGCCGCGCGCGCGGACUCGUCCAAGAUCAAAGCGCUGCGAGACUAUCGAGGCGCCCGCGGCCUCUGCUUCAAGUGCGGCGAGAGGUGGGGGCAUAAUCACGUGUGCCCCACCUCAGUCCAACUGCAUGUCGUCGAGGAGCUCCUCGACAUGAUCGGCCUCGACAACUUCAUCGACACCAAGAUCCCACAAGACGAAGGCCCGAAUGACACGGUCAUGGCAAUCUCUUUAUCUGCCGUGAUUGGGGGCGUCUCGGCCAAGGCGUUUCAGUUGCGCGCCUGGAUACAAGGGCGCGAGGUACUCCUCCUCAUCGACUCAGGCAGCUCCAACUCUUUCAUCGACGAGCAACUGGCCACAACUCUCGUCGGGGUCCAAGCAAUGGCCAAACCAGGCCGUGUUCGUGUCGCGGAUGGUGGCGAAAUGGUCUGCUCAACCUACAUUCCACACUGUGCGUGGUACGCUCAAGGGCAUGAGUUUUUCACGGAUCUGAAGGUGCUUCCUCUCGGUACCUACGAUGCCAUCCUAGGGAUGGGCUGGCUGGAGGAACACAGUCCCAUGACCGUUGAUUGGCGCGCCCGUUUCAUCGAGACAAUCACCCUAGCAGGACCGAUCCGGCUGAAUGGACAUGAUGCAGCUUCGGUUGUCUGUGAAACCAUCAACAGCAUCCAAUUACAGAGCCUCUGCAGCAACGGGGCUGUCUCGCAUAUCAUACACCUAUGUAUGAUUGCACCAGAGGAGUCAACUGCACCUGUUCCGGACUGCAUUCAGAAAGUGGUCGAUGAUUUUGCGGAUGUUUUCUCUGAACCAAAAGGCCUUCCCCUGCGGCGUGCUUGUGAUCACAAAAUACCGCUCAUCCCUAGAGCACAACUAGUCAACAUUAGACCUUACAGACACAAGCCAGAGCACAAGACAGAGAUAGAGAAACAAGUCGAAGAGCUGCUGCGAUCAGGUGUGAUACAGAGAAGCACGAGCCCAUUCUCCUCACCAGUCAUUUUAGUCAAGAAGAAAGACGGAACAUGGCGACUAUGUAUCGACUACCGUCAGCUCAACGCUCUCACAGUGAUCGCCAAGUUUCCGGUACCUGUCAUUGAGGAACUCCUGGAUGAACUUCACGGUGCAGCUUGGUUCUCCAAACUUGACCUUCGCGCAGGCUAUCAUCAAAUUCGCUUGGCUCCCGGAGAGGAAUACAAGACAGCCUUCCAGACGCACCAGGGCCAUUUUGAAUUCAGAGUGGUCUCGUUUGGCCUCGCAGGUGCGCCGGCCACUUUUAUUGGAGCAGUCACCACCACUCUCAAGCCUGUCAACCGUGUCUGUGUUCUGUCAUUCUUCGAUGAUAUUCUCGUCUUCAGCGCAACACUCCAAGAGCACGUCGGUCGAUCAUCUGAGGCAGGUGCUUACUCUCCUCCGCAGACUGUUGGAAGGCCAAGCUCAGCAAGUGUGCCUUCGGUCAGCAGCAGAUUUCCUACCUGGGGCAUGUCAUCAACUCAGAAGGCGUCGCUACCGACCCCUCCAAAAUUGCAGCAGUCAACAACUGGACAGCUCCGACAAACGUCAAAGAGGUUCGCAGCUUCCUGGGGCUUGCAGGCUACUAUCGAAGGUUCGUCAGAAACUUUGGUGUGAUCGCACGUCCUCUGUUCAACCUGCAACCUGCUCAAGAAGGGGACUCCUUUUCUCUGGACCUCCACAACUGAAACAGCAUUUCAAGUCCUCAAACAGCAGCUGAUUUCUGCUCCCGUGUUGGCUCUCCCUAAUUUCAAACAAGCCUUUACAAUCGAGGCUGAUGUGAGUGACCACGGCAUCGGGGCGAUCUUACAGCAGUAGGGGCACCUGAUCGCUUUUAUGAGUAAAGCACUCAGCCCACGCUAUCAGGGGUUGUCCACGUAUGAGAAGGAAUACUUGGCUAUAGUCGUAGCCGUGGAUCAGUGGCGUCCGUACCUGCAACACGCUGAAUUUGACAUCCUGACCGAUCAGAAGAGCUUGAUUCACUUGGAGCAACGUCUGACAACCCCUUGGCAGCAGAAGGCGUUCACUAAACUGCUCGGCCUGCGAUACCGCAUCCGGUACAAGAAAGGGAUUGAGAAUGCUGGUGCAGACGCGCUAUCUCGUGCCAAGCCAAGCGACACACUUUUCUCCACCACGUCAUGCAACCCGGCCUGGCUCGAGGAUGUCACCAACAGCUACCACAACAACGAUCAAGCUUCGCGUCUGCUGUCCCAACUUGCCAUCAGGGAAGACCCAAAAGGCAGAUUCACCCUUCGGCAAGGGAUAAUCUACUUCCGAGGCAGGAUUUGGCUGGGGGGGAGCACUCAUAUACAGCAGAGAAUCAUAUCAGUGUUUCACGACAGCCCCAUUGGCGGCCAUUCAGGGUUUCCCGUCACCUACCGUCGCAUCAGACGUCUCUUUGCCUGGCCUAAGAUGAAACUUCAAAUCCUGCAGUACGUCCGCUGUUGCCAGGUGUGUCAGCAAGCUAAGCCAGACCGUGCCGCAUCACCAGGGUCUGUUACUGCCUCUACCAGUUCCACAACAACCAUGGGAUAUGAUUUCCAUGGAUUUCAUGGAUGGCCUUCCCCAGUCCAGCAAGUUCAACUGUUUGUUGGUGCUCGUCGACAAACGAACCAAAUUUGCUUAUUUCCUCCCUCUGGCUCAUCCAUACACGUCAGCUUCAGUGGCACAGCUAUACAUGAACCAGAUCUACCGGACGCAUGGUUUACCCAAAGCAAUCGUCUCUGACAGAGACCCAGUCUUCACUAGCCAUUUCUGGCAGGAGUUAUUCUGUGGAGCAGGCACUGAACUCAGACUGAGCACAGCCAAUCAUCCGCAGACUGACGGCCAAACGGAACGUGUCAAUCAGUGCGUCGAGACAUUUCUUCGCUGUUUCACUCAAGCUUGUCCAAGGAGAUGGAGUUUCUGGAUCCCACUCGCUCAAUUCUGGUACAACAACGCACACCAUUCUGCUAUAGGCAUGACUCCAUUCAAGGCACUGUUCGGGUACGAGCCUGCACAACUGGGGAUCUCCGUGGAUAGUGUUUGCUCUGUGCCAGCGCUGCAAUCAUGGCUGGAUGAACGAGCAACAGUUCAAGACCUGCUGCAGCAACAUCUGAACAGGGCGCGACAACUCAUGAAAGACCAAGCAGACAAGAAAAGAUCUUUUCGAGAAUUCCAAGUGGGUGAGAAAGUGUUCCUCAAGCUACAACCAUACAUCCAAUCCUCAGUGGCACCGCGGGCGAACCACAAAUUAGCCUACAAAUUCUUUGGACCAUUCCUCAUCAUCGACAAGAUCAAUGAAGUAGCGUAUAAACUGCAACUACCACCAGAAGCCACGGUGCACCCAGUUUUCCACGUUUCGCUGCUUCGCCGCGCCCUACUCCCUGGUAUGUCGGUCGAACCAUAAUUGCCUCAUUGCUCUGAUGAUCUUGCUGUACCAAUGGCAGUAGUGCAAACACGCUGGCGCAAAAAGAACGGGGGUAUGCAAGAACAAGUCAGGGUGCAAUGGUCCAAUUCUGCAACCUUGGGCCACCUGGGAGGAUAAGGCCAGCCUCAUGGCGCGCUUCCCGCAUGCAGAGGCUUGGGGACAAGCCUCAUCUCAAGGAGAGGGGGAUGUUAGCGCCCCUGACGAGAGGGACCCACUGGGCAGCGACCACAACAACUCUACAGCUGCCCAACGGCCCACACGAGUCAAGCGGCCCAGCCCGCGCACCCACGGGCCUGAAUGGAACAACUGAGCCCGCGAGCACGACUACUUCAGGGGAGACACACGAAGAGCACACCAUCCAGUGGAUCAGGACGAACCGGCGGCUACCUACUUUCCUCUUCCCCAACCCUAGUUCUUCCCCUGUUCAUUCUCCAUUCGAGAGCGAUGCUCCUGUAAUUGAUUUGUACUAGCUACUACUUCGGAGAGCAACAGUAGAUCGAUUCCCUCAUCCAGUCUCUAACAAUUUCUUAUUUGAGGAGCCAGAACAUGCUGUACUCAUAGCCUUGCGCAAGCUGGCACAAUGCUAGGGGACAAGCCAGGCCAGAGCAUGGUGGUGACUGUCUCCCUAGUUAUCCCUUUGCUAUAACCGUAGCUCCUGAUAUCGUCUCCUGCCAUCCCUCUCGCCAUCCUGUAACCCAAACCGUAAGAACGGAGAAUAUAUUGUGCUGCAUAUUCUUUUCCACAAUUUUUCUGCAGUCCAUGUUUUUUCUCUUCAUGGUAUUAUUGCCAACAUAUCGAGUUUCUGUCUCACUCAAAUUGUACAUAUAGGACUGCAAGUUUUAACAUCAGGUGUUUCUGCAUGGUUGGAUGAGAGGAUACACGGUCAAUCUUAUCUGAGG